UGACAUAUCGUUAAUAACCUCGCGCAUGAACUCGUUGCUGGAAAUUAGAAAAUAAUUUAACGAUAGUUUUUCUUUUUAUUGUGUGUGCGAUAAACGAAAACGACGAUUUUGUGAAUAAAACUAAAUAAAAUAUCACAUAAAAAUAAAUAUAACUUUAAAAACAAACAUCGAAGUGUAAAAUAUAAAUAAAAUCUGUCCUUACAGAUAUUUAAAUAAAUCAAUAAUCGUCAUUUAAUCGCCUUCUAGUUUGGACGAAGGAGAAACAAAAAAAAAACAAUCAAAUUAGGAAGCAUACGUAUAUACAUCAAUUUCCGAAGGCCAAUCACCUAACAAGACUUGAGGAAUAAUGUCGACUAAAGCGAAAAGAGCGGGUACAGCCACACCCCAACCUGGCGGUACAUCGACCCCACUUUUGGGCACUAGUACGCGUCCAUCAAGUCCUCUUAGUCCGACUCGUCAUAGUCGUUUGGUCGAAAAGGCCGAGUUGCAAAAUCUCAACGACCGUUUGGCCUGCUACAUUGAUCGCGUGCGCAAUUUAGAAAACGAAAAUGCUCGUCUUUCAAUUGAAGUGCAGACCACCAGGGAGACAAUUACGCGCGAAGCUUCCAACAUCAAGUCGAUGUACGAGCAUGAACUGUCCGAUGCCAGGAAGCUGCUAGAUGACACUGCCCGAGAGAAAGCAAAGCUCGAGAUCGACACAAAACGUCUGUGGGACGAGAAUGACGAGCUCAAGACUAAGCUGGAGAAGAAGAUCAAGGAGUGCACCCAUGCUGAGAACAGUGCACGCAUGUACGAAUCCAGAUGCAACGACUUAAGUACAAAAUACAACACAGCCAGUGCCGAUCGCAAAAAGGCCCUUGACGACGUUGCUGAAUUGCAGAAGGAGAACGAACGCCUUCGAAAACAACUGGAAGAGGCGCGCAAGCACCUUGAAGACGAGACCUUGGCUCGUGUUGAUCUUGAAAAUAACAUCCAAAGUCUUCGCGAAGAGUUGACUUUCAAGGACCAGAUUCAUUCGCAGGAAAUGUCAGAAACUCGCACUCGUCGGCAGGUGGAAAUCAGUGAGAUCGAUGGCCGUUUGUCGGAGCAGUACGAGGCUAAGUUGCAGCAGUCACUCCAGGAGCUCCGCGACCAAUAUGAGGGUCAAAUGCGAUCAAAUCGCGAUGAAAUUGAAAUGCUCUAUGAGAACAAGAUCAAGGGUCUGCAAAACGCCGCCAAUCGUAAUUCGAAUGCCGCUGCUUCAGCCAUUGAAGAGUUGCGCACUACUCGCACUCGUAUUGAUUCCCUUAACUCGCGCAUCGGAGAGUUGGAAUCUACAAAUGCCGCUUUGAUUUCAAGAUUGCGCGACAUGGAGAAAUUGUUGGAUCAUGAGCGCGAACGUCACAACGCUGAUUUACAUGGUCUCGAAGCCGAACUGAAUCGCAUGCGCGAAGAAAUGGCCUUGCAAUUACAAGAAUAUCAAGACCUCAUGGACAUCAAGGUUUCUCUUGACCUAGAAAUCGCAGCUUACGACAAAUUGCUUUGCGGUGAAGAAUCGCGCUUGAACAUCACUCCCUCAGCCUCUAACACAGCAACUGCUAGCAGCUUGAGCCAAUCGUUGAGAUCUACCCGUGCCACUCCCAUGAGACGUACACCAACUCGCGGACAGUCAACUGCCAGUGGAGCCUUCAAACGCAAACGCACUGUCGUUGAAGAAUCUGAAGAUCGUAGCGAAUCUGAGUAUUUCGUGACCGGAAGUGCUAAAGGAGACAUUCAAAUUUCAGAAAUCGAUCCCGAGGGCAAGUUUGUGAAACUUUACAACAAAUCCCAGAAGGAAAUCGCUAUCGGCGGCUGGCAGUUAUUGCGUUCAUGCGGAGCUGACGAGACCUCUUUCAAGUUCCAUCGUUCAGUGAAGAUUGAUGCUGGUGCAACAGUCACCGUUUGGUCAGCUGAUGCUGGAGUCGCUCAUGAGCCACCAAGCAACAUCGUUAUGAAGACCCAAAAGUGGUUCGUAGGAGACAACAUGAAGACAGUACUAUUCAACUCUGAGGGAGAGGAUGUAGCUGCUUCUGAACGCAUCAAGAAGACCGUAUCAAGUCAUGUGUCACGUCAUAGAUCCACAGCACGAGGAUUCCCAUCAACGCAUAUAACAGCCGCCGGUGCAGAUGAGGAGCUCUAUCACCAGCAAGGUGACCCACAAGGAGAAGAAAAGUGUCGUCUCAUGUAAAGGACAAAGCUCUCCUUUUAUUCUUGUUUAGUUUUCUCUUUAUUGAUUUAGCAACAAAAAGUAAACAUCGUUACUAAACGACUGAGGGCCUUACAAAUACCGUUAUUAUUAAAAUUUAUUCUUCAUAAUCAUAAUAAUUCUAAUUCUAAUUCUAAAGCUUUGGUAAAAACUGAACCAAAUUUGUAAACAUUAAACAAAAUAAACUCUCCAUACAAACUAAUACUUAAGUUACUUGUUCAUGUUCCCAAUUCACAGUAUUCUGCUAACUGAGGAACAAAAAAGACAUUUUCAAUUAAGAAACCAUCGCCUCCUCCGCCCAGUUCAAAGAUAGACAAAUAGAGAGCGCGCACAAAUUCGUUCAUGGAACGCAUUGCAAUUUACUUUUUGACUUGCUAGGUACUUUUUUUCUUGUUUUUCGUCAAAUGGAAAUUAAUUUAGUUUUUUUUUACAUAAAUAUAUAUUUUCUUACACAAAAAAAAUAUAGUGUUAACAUUAAAUUUGAUUAAAGAUUCUUUUUUAUUAUAUUUUGUUCGUGUCCUUUUUAAAUGUUUAACACAAUGUUCACUGUUUGAUUAUUUUUUUUUUUUAAUGAUUUUGCACACUUUCCUCCUCAACGUACACAAAUGUAUUAAAUACACAAAAUAGAAUUUGGUUGUUUAUCGAUAAACAAUUUACAGCCUAAAUACGACAGACGGUAUAAACAAUUUAAUACAACUUGCCACUUCAAAGCUGCAUUUGAAUAAAAAGCAAAAAUAAAGUAUUUGUUUGAUUUAAGGAAACAUUUUUGACAUUUAAACAAAACACAAUUAUUGAACUCAGACUUAAAUAGAUUUAUUAUUUUGUGUACGUAAAACUCGAUUCGUUUUAAGAAGUAUACACUUUUUCUAAAAAAAAUUUCAUUUAUUUAUCAUUAAAUGAAAACAAAAUAUCCUUAUGAAUUAAAAAUUGAAAAAAAAAGAAACUACAGAGAAGAUUGUAUUUUAUAAAAUUUUCUUUUCGCAAAAUAAAAAUCAAUAAAAAAAGUUAA